CGUAAAAUGGCUGCAUCCUCCGCGGGAGCGGUGGCGAUGUCAGGGCUGACUCCCCGGCAGCGCGUCGCUCGGCCCUGCAGAGAGCCGGGCGGCCGAAGCAUUAGGGUUAGGUGCCGGCUGCGAUAGACAGAGCGUGCCAGUGGUAGGCCCUAAUGAUCUUUCUGCCUGCAAUCUCCCAGUAGAUGCUCUGUGCACAUCCCGGACCUCCCCUCCACCGUGCCUUGCACUGAGCCUGCCCAGCGAGAGGGGCAUGUCCUGACCUUGGGCUCUGGAGAUGGCAGCCAUCGAGGGCUUUAGUGCCACCCACCCCGGUGACCCUGAGCCUGGGGACCUGAUCGAGAUCUUCCGGCCAGCUUACCAGCACUGGGCCCUCUACGUGGGAGAUGGGUAUGUCAUCAACGUGACGCCUGUAGAUGAAGGGCCCCCAGCCACAUUCUCCAGUGCGAAGUCAGUGUUCAGCAGGAAGGCCCGGGUGAGGAUGCAGCUCCUGAAGGAUGUGGUGGGAAAUGAUACCUACCACGUCAACAACAAGUAUGAUGGCACCUAUGCUCCCCUCCCAGUGGAGGAGAUCAUCCAGCGUGCGGAGUACCUCAUUGACCAGGAGGUGUCUUAUGACCUGCUCAGCAACAACUGUGAGCACUUCGUGACGCUGCUCCGCUAUGGUGAGGGUGUCUCUAGCCAGGCCAACAGAGCAAUCAGUGCCAUCGGGUUUGUGACAGCUGCCGCCGGUGCCUUCUCCUUGUUGGGCUUGCUUCGGAGCAGAUCCAGAGAGAGACAGUAUUGAUGGGCCAUUGGGAUGAGCUGAGAGCAGGGCAGAGAGGCCGUGGCUGGGUUACUUGGGGCAGUUUGUGGCCACAGCUGCCGCUAAGAUUUACUAACAACUGUGUCCCCCUUGCUGAGAGCAGCACUAGUCUUUUCUACAUCAGCUUUUAUUUCAUUGCCUAUGGUGAUUUUUGUAGUAGUCUGGGAGUGUAUGCGAGCAAAUUCUCCAUCCUCGUGCACCCAGUGCUCUGCUGAGGACUGGUGCAGGCUUUCUACGCACAU